CCGGAAUCUCGGAAUCGAAAGUCGCGAAAAAAAAUGUCAGUUUGGUAUUGUAAGGCAUCUAAAUGAGCAUUACUUUAAGAUUCAGUGUUGCAACAUUUAUUGGGGAAGAUGCUACAGUGUCAGUGCUUGGAUCAAUACCAGAGUUGGGCUGUUGGCUAGAAAACAAGGCAAUACCGUUGAAACGAAGCAAUUCAGAAGUCCUCCUUCAUUCCGGUCUCGAGCCGACAUUUUGGUACAAGGAUAUCCAGCUGUCAUUUAAUAAUAACAAAACGCUACGUUUUGAGUACAAAUUUGUGCGAAAGAGAGAUACAGUSUUCGAAUGGGARGGCGAAGGUCCWUGCCACAACCGUCGACAAAUUUUAAACUUGGAUGACAACACUUCUGGUGAGUUGCUAGUUGAUGGUGUGUAUUACCUACCUGUUGGUCUUUGGAUAGAGAARUACGGCCAAGAGGAUGAAUCACAGCACACGGCAAGAUAUUUAAGACACGUUUGCCAACGAGACAUUCURCACACUAGUAAGAUCUUUGAUAAUGUGUGGGUGGGYUCAUGUCCUCGUAAAAGRUCUCAUGUUUUGGAACUGAAGUCUUACGGAGUAACAGCUGUGAUUAACCUUCAAACUGCACAAGACAUCAAUACCCAUUGCUCAGGUUUUUACCGGGGCUUAGAAGACUUGCCUCKGGCGUUGAGAAUGGUUUACAAAGAGGAAGGACUUCCGUAUAUWUGGUUUCCAGUCGAUGAUGAGAGCUCAGUCGCUCGCGCUGAAAUGCUUCCACAAGUGGUGUACCUUCUUCAUGGCCUACUAAAAGGCGGGCACACCGUUUAUGUUCACUGCAACGGCGGGGUUGGAAGGUCAGUUGCAGUCGUAGCUGGAUACAUGAUGUAUGURUUACAGUGGAGUCCUGCUAAGCUUCGCUUUCAUCUCAUAUCAAGAAGACCUGUGUCUUACAUUGACGAAAGGGCUUUGGUUACUGCUGGAAAAGAUUUCCAACAAAAAUUCGGUAUUGCGCACAUUUCAGACAGCAAAAAAAAUACAUAACUUCACCUAAGAGGGCAGCAGGUAUUCUGCAUUAGUCUCUUUUGCUUUCCUUCCUCCACAAGAAAAUUAAAGGAGACUUUGCACACAUAAGCGACACAGGCUAGACAGUGGUAUGCAUUUUKUUUUUUACUUUAAUUACCGUCCAUGAGACAAAACACAUUAGAAUAAUUUAUUGUGUGUAAAAAUUGUUGUAAAAUAGAUAUYAGACUAAGGACUGGUUCAAAUGUAGAAUUUCACAUGUACUGAAAUCAGUGCAAAUGAGAUAAUGAGUGGGAAUAAAAGAUUGGAGGAAUUUA